UGCUACCAUAACAUUCGAAUUCAAACCGAAAGUAAAUCAAAUUCAUGUAAUAUAGGAUUGGACGCAUGCAGAUAUUGCCUGUUUGAUACGGAAACAACAUGGAAUUGCAUAUCAGGAUUUGUAUAGUGUUAUUGGGAACAUUGAUGUAUUCUAUUCCACGUUUUCACGAGUGCAGAAAGCUAGAGGGUUAUAAGUUCCCAGUGUAUUCAACAGAGUUUUGCCCGAGAAAUGAAAGAGAGUGGAACAAGAGAUCGUCAGCUCUCAAUUGUAACGAGACGUAUGGCUAUAUGUGUUUACCGAAUGAAAAACUCACAGAGCUGUUAGAGUUCUGUUACACGCAGCGUCUAGAAUGGAUAGAAGAAGGUGUAUGUUUAGUUUUAGUAAAAAAGGUUUCUCUUGUCCAGGCAUACAAAUGCCAUGGUUUUAUUUAUGGAUGUCCUUCGUCUUCAUAUCGCAGAUCAAGUAUCUUUGAACAUCCAACGUGUAUUUAUCUUUGGAACGGAUGUUUUAUUGCCGAACCAACUUGUAAAAGUAAUCAAACGCACCUUCAAGACACUACGGACGUCAUCUUUAAACAACCUGAUGGCAAAACAACACCAAACCCACAGAAAACUACAAAACAGACAGAAGCAAAAAAUCUUCAAACCAACAACUAUAAUUCAGGGAUCAUAAUUGGGCCGAUUUUUGGUGCUAUACUCAUUGGUAUUUUUACCAUCGUGUCGAUCUGCAUAAUUAGAAGAAAAAAAACAUUGCCAUUCAAAAAAAACCAAAUUCGCCAGUGGAAAAAGGAAAACAGUGAUUUCUAUUCAACCCGAGCAUGUAAAGACGUAGAACAAAGAAUAAAAAACCAAAGCGUAGUUAUGGUGAUAGGUCAUCCAGGAACUGGAAAGUCUGCCAUUAUUCAACAUAUUGCACUUCAGUACAAAAAUGAAAGAUGGAUUUUAGAACCAUUACAGUCUAUUAUGGAUUUUGAGAAAACUUUUUCAAGUAAAAACAAAACUCUUUAUAUCAUUAACGAUCCGUUUGGUAAAAAUGCUUUCCAAAAAAAAGAAUGGGAAUGUUGGCGUAGUAAUGAGGAAGCGAUCGAAAGCUGCUUAACCAAAAGCUGCUCGAAAAUGCUAAUGUCGUGUCAAAAAUACAUUUUUUUAGAUAUCAGGAUUCAAUCGCGUUUCAAGGACUGCCCAUAUGUCGUAGAUAUCACUAAAGUCGAAUGUAAAUUAACUAAUGAUGAGAAAAGGCAACUCUUAAGAAAAUACACAACUAACGUGGAAUUUGCCAACGAUUGUGCACGUAAUGUCGAAAUCGAAGCAUAUUUUCCACGGUUAUGCAAAUUGUACAGCAAGAAAGGAGACCUGAAUCUUUUUUUAAAACCCGAGGAAGUUCUGAACAGUGAAUUGAAGUGUUUAAGAGAAGAAAACAGAGAACUGUUCUGUGCUCUUAUUGUAUUAGCUAUUUCUGAUGAUAAUUUUUGCAUGGAACAUUUACAGAAUAUGAGUUCUACACAAAGUAAAUGUAUUUCAGACGAGUGUGGUAUUAAUGGGAUAGCACCGUUUUCUAUCAAGGACAAGCUUGAUUCUAUGGAUGGUUUUCUUGUUAAGAAAAACAAUUCUGAUAACACCGAUUUUCCAAAGGAAAUAUAUAUGUUUUAUAAUAAAAAUGUACAGGAAAUAAUUGAAUCAUGUUUUAAAGACAUUAUCACACGGAUAAAGAAAAAAGUAUGAUUCUGUAAGAUAUAAUUAUUUUGGCAAAAUCUUUAUAAGAAGCCUUUAUGAUUGAGUCAAUUCAAGACUUGCAAUUCAAAACAAAUGCUGUGACGUCUAUUUACUUAUCUUACCUAAUUAAUGAAACAGUUUCAUGAUCAGUAUGGUUAAAAGGUCCAAUUAUUCAUUGUAGAGUAUUAACAAAGAUACAUUUUCUACAAAUUAAACUACGUUACCUCAUGUAUGAUCUUUCUCGUCUGUACUUACAUAUUUUUAAAUGAAUCAACUCAAUUUUUAACAAAAAAGCAGUGAUGGCAUUAAAAUAUUUACUGUCAGUAACAAUACAAAACUUUAAAAGGGCAAUUAGAGACUUUAUAGUUAAAUAACUAGCUUAGAUUGCUUUAAAAUUUGGGGCAAAGGAGAAGUAAAAUACGUUUUCGCAUUUCUGCUCAUAGACUUAAUAUUGAAAAAGGACAAUAUCAAGGCAUUCCUGUACAACAAAUAUAGCUGCAAAGUGUUCAUGCAUUAUCUAACAUAGUUAAAUGUAUAUAUCUUAUUGCAUUGAUGAAUCAUGUCGUGUGAAUCUGGAUAUUCUAUGCUUUUACUUCAUUCAUUAUUUGUAAUAAUCAUGAUAUUACAUGUAUAUACUAGUAUCAGUAGUAUGCCCCUUUGGGGCCCCUGAUUGGUGAAUAAACAUAUAUAAUUUUUUAAGUGUACAGUUUUGGGUAGCUGUCUCUCUACAAAACUUUAUUCAGAAAUAAAAUUUGGUGUUGUAAAUAAUGUCACUAUUAAAUUCAAUAAUUCAUAAUUCGGGGUAACAUUGUAAGAUUUUAAUGAUUAAUAAUGAUUUAGUUUUUAGCUGUUCCGUCAAAUAUUUAAUGAAAUUGUUGGUCAAAUGAAUUGGUAUUGGUAUUUAGAUCCGUUUGUGAAUUAUUUCUUUUGUUAGGAAGGCCGAAAGGCCCGAGUUCAAGCACAAUUGUACUAAUAUUUCAAUUACCGUGGCUAUGUUUUUUAAGUCACGUAAUUACUCGUUCCAAACAAUUAGAUUCAUUAGGAAAAAUUUCACAACUUUUACUUUGCCACAUAGUGAAUUUUUGACCAGCUAUAUGUAAAAUCCUUGAAUUCAAAGACGCAGAGCUGUUGGAGGAAAUACCAAACUCGGUCACUUCAAUCAAGCUAUCCAGAAUUAAACAUCCUAAAAUUGUUCCCUUUUUGGAUUUUAGAGGUGUGCAAAUUUUCGUUUUUAUCGUUUUGUAAUAAAUUAUGAGACCAACUUAGUUUUAUAAAAAAAAAAAUUGUACUUUAUCUUUUUUUGAAUUCUUCUACAUUUAUCGUGAUCUUUUAAUUAAGUCAUUAUCUGAUGAGAGAUGUGCAGAACGACCUCAUUUAAAAUAUAGUAUUAUAUAGUUAUACGUUGUAUAUUAGCAUGUAUAUUAGCAUGUUUAGCUACAUUCUCCAGUCGUAUUUUAUAUCAUUUUGAUUUUAAAUACAAAUCAUAAAAAGAGUGGCUUUUGAAUUUGGCGCCAUGGAACUAGUUCCGCGCUCUUUAUGAAAAGAGUUAAAAAGGUAGUUUUUAUAUGUUAUAACCGUAUAACGGGGAAAAGGUAAAGAUGCUCGUGUUAAAAUUGUAUUAAACACUUCAUUGAUUGCGGUAAAUAUAAUUCAGAAUACAGUAUUAGCCUCUUAACAAACAAAAUUUUAUUAUGAUAGGAAAUUGUUAAAUAUUGAUGCGUUUUCUCUGUUGAGUGAUUAAUAAGUUACUGUGAGAAUGUCAGCUGUAAAGGCAUUUUAGUCAGUUUAUUUAGUUAAUAGUUUUAUUGAUAAUGAUUAUGUACACCAGGCUUUUUAUAAUAAAUUAUAAUAAUGUAAUUUUUAUUAUAAUACAGAGGUAUUUUUAUAUUGAAUGUUUACCCCCUUAAAGUCAAGUACUGUUAUAUGUAAAUUUACUACAUUUAGAACUAUUUUGUACCUGGUAACUUCUAUUGACGAUUUUCAGAAAUAAACAUCAUAAAAUAAUCAAUUAUUAUAUACUUAUUUUCACUUUCUAUGAAUUUUACAGUCACAUUAAUUGACGAACCAGAUUUGGAAAGCUCCCACAUGUACAUAAACAUCAAAAGAUGACGCACUUUGAAAUUUUUUUAAAGUGCUUUGAUAUCGUUAACAUUUAUG